AUGCGAGUCCUGUCACCCCCUCUACCCACAGGUUCGUUCUUAUCUCCUACACAUGGCACUGAUAGUCUCGAGAAUUGCUUCAAGAUGACGUCAUCUAUCUCUUCUUCUUCUUCUGCGUCUGCGGACAAGUGUCUAAAACCUCUUGGUACUACUGGUAUUGUGGGUCAUAAACGCAAAAGUCUGAGCUCCACUACCCAGUCAAGUAGUAGCAAUAGUCAUACGACAACACCUGUGUCUAAUAAUAAAAAGAGGACGCGAGUAUCGCUUGUAUAUCCAGGCAAAGUGACACCCUUAGCUGAUACUCGCGAAAAGGAGCUCCAGAGGACGUUUACGGAGCAUGAAGUCUCGGAAGUAUACAAAGCCAUUCGCAAGCAGACAGGAAGUCUAGGAGGUAAUGCAUCAGGUGGAGCCAUAUAUGGAGAGAUUACUCAAGCUUCUUUUCAACGUGUCGUGGAUUAUUUGAAGGAGCAUUGUGGACUUACAAAGACAAGUUACUUUGUGGACGUGGGUUCAGGACUUGGUAAACCGAAUUUCCACGUGUCGGUGGAUCCUGGUGUACAAGUGUCUUAUGGUAUUGAACUUGAGGAGCUACGCUGGCAUUUAUCACUGCACAAUUUGCGCAGUGUGUUGUCGUUGGAUUCACAGCGUAAUAAACCACCUUCGACGGUAUUUACAGUGGGUGAUAUCACUCAUGCACACACAUUUGAACCGUUUUCACACGUUUAUAGUUUUGACGUGGGCUUUCCACCGGAUGUGAUGGAUAAGAUGGCGGAUAUGUUCAAUCGUAGCUCGGCCAAGUACUUGGUCAGCUUCCAUGCACCACGGAAGGUUGUGAACGCGUACGGGUUCUCGGUCGAGAAUAUUGGACGAGUGGCUACAUCAAUGGCAGGAUCAAGCGAGGGACACCAGUGCUACUUUUAUCGGCGUGUAGUGGCAACUAAUGAAGAGAGUGAACCAGAAAGUGAGCAAGUGGUUGCAAAGAUGUCGCCACCCAACAGCGUCGAUUCUACACCGCUGUCUGUGGAUCCUCUCUUUAGCCACGGCAUCGAGCUACUGAAGAGCGGUCGCGAUGGCAUGCUUUUGUGGAUUGACGACUUUUUUGGCGAGGUGAAUGCGGGACGAACACGCAGACAAAAGCGCGAGUUGCGCGAGCGCCCGAUGGACUCUUACUACCCUACGGUUAAGUCAUACGUUAUUGCGACGUCUAGUAGUUCAUCGCAGAAAGGGAAGGAGAAAACGACGAGGUCGACAAAGCGAAAGAUCAAUCUUCGUGUCUAG